GGGCGGAGAGCAGAGAGGGGUCAAGUCCCGGGAGCGCGCAGGCGGCCGCAGUCACGCAGCCGUCAGAAGAGCCAGCGCCCGAGCGCAGACGCGCCCGCCAUGAGGGAGAUUGUGCACAUCCAGGCGGGACAGUGCGGGAACCAGAUCGGUACCAAGUUUUGGGAAGUGAUCAGCGAUGAGCACGGCAUCGACCCAGCUGGAGACUUUGUGGGCGACUCAGCGCUGCAGCUGGAGCGGAUCAGCGUCUACUACAAUGAGUCAUCCUCUCGGAAGUAUGUGCCCAGGGCUGCCUUGGUGGACUUGGAGCCAGGCACCAUGGACAGUGUGAGAUCCGGGCCUUUUGGGCAACUUUUCCGGCCUGACAACUUCAUCUUCGGACAGACAGGCGCCGGGAACAACUGGGCCAAGGGUCACUACACUGAGGGCGCGGAGCUGGUGGACUCGGUGCUAGAUGUGGUGCGCAAGGAGUGCGAGCACUGCGACUGUCUGCAGGGCUUCCAGCUCACGCAUUCGCUGGGCGGUGGCACGGGCUCAGGCAUGGGCACCCUGCUCAUCAGCAAGAUCCGGGAGGAGUACCCGGACCGCAUCAUGAACACCUUCAGCGUGAUGCCAUCGCCCAAGGUCUCAGACACCGUGGUGGAGCCCUACAAUGCUACGCUGUCGGUGCACCAGCUGGUGGAGAACACUGACGAAACUUACUGCAUUGACAAUGAAGCUCUUUACGACAUCUGCUUCCGCACGCUCAAGCUGACCACGCCCACCUACGGGGACCUUAACCACCUGGUGUCUGCCACCAUGAGCGGAGUCACCACAUCGCUGCGUUUUCCAGGUCAGCUCAAUGCUGACCUGCGCAAGCUGGCUGUGAACAUGGUGCCCUUCCCACGCCUGCACUUCUUCAUGCCCGGCUUUGCACCACUCACAGCCCGGGGCAGCCAGCAGUACCGGGCUCUGACAGUGCCUGAGCUCACACAGCAGAUGUUUGAUGCCAAGAACAUGAUGGCUGCCUGUGAUCCGCGCCACGGCCGCUACCUGACGGUCGCCACUGUCUUCCGGGGCCUCAUGUCUAUGAAGGAGGUGGAUGAGCAGAUGCUAGCCAUCCAGAACAAGAACAGCAGCUACUUCGUGGAGUGGAUCCCCAACAACGUCAAAGUGGCCGUGUGUGACAUCCCACCACGGGGCCUGAAGAUGGCUUCCACCUUCAUUGGCAACAGCACCGCUAUCCAGGAACUGUUCAAGCGCAUCUCCGAGCAGUUCUCGGCUAUGUUCCGCCGCAAGGCCUUCCUGCACUGGUUCACUGGUGAGGGCAUGGACGAGAUGGAGUUCACCGAGGCUGAGAGUAACAUGAAUGACCUGGUGUCUGAGUAUCAGCAGUAUCAGGACGCCACUGUCAACGACGAGGAAGAGGCUUUUGAAGACGAGGAUGAAGAAGAGAUCAACGAAUAGGGAGCCGUAAGAUGCUAGAGUGUACACUUGCUCUCUUCUUAGCCCUGAUGGUGUGAGCCUGCUGCCCUGGUAUGCACGUUACAGGCCCCUCUCAAACACUGCACUGUUCCCAGGUUAUCGGGAACAAGCACUUUCCUCUGCUGGAGAGUUGGCAGUCCCACCAAACCAGGGUGGUUUUGUACAGAAACACUGAAAGCAAAUUAAGGGGCUGUACAGGGCUAAAGAUAGCAACCACCUUCCGUUAAGUGCCCAGCCAUCAUAGUUAACAGGGGAGUUAGAAUAAGGAUUUGUUUUUCAUUCUUGGUGAUAAACCUAAAGCCACACAGUUUUGCCUUAAUUGAAUACACAAAAUGGAACUUGGUGACAAUCCAUUCAUAAUAAAAUGCUAAACGUG